UCGAGUCGCGCAGUGGACAGUGGACUGGGAUUUCUCUCACAGCUGCCUACUAUACCGUACAGGCCAUCUUUACGCAUGGACGCCCUGAGGCGGUGGAGGCGAGGGAUUACGGAGGCGCACCGGGAGCGGUGCGCGGAAUUGGCGGCUCCAUGGGUGGAAACCACACAACCUGUUCAGGAUAAUGCAACGAUGCUCCGGAUCCGAGUGCGACCCCUUUCUCCCGGAGGCUCCCAGGGAUUUAUUUUCCCUGGAAAGGCCCUUUUCAGCUUUGUCCGACGGGUUUAUCACUGCUGUCAAGAAGGACUCCAGUGCGGAGGCGUCAAAGGAAUUCAAGGUCGCUUGAGUGGAGACGUGGAGUUUCUCCUGACCCGGGAUGUUUUGUCUGCGGGGGUCAAGAAAGCUGAGCUGCACCUCCAACUUUUUAACCCAGGGCACCUGGACAUCCAACCUGUGCUUCCAUCCAUGGCAAAGCGCAGCCUUCCAACACGGUACAGCUCGUGGUCCCAGGGCGACACGGUGGAGCUCAGGGUGGAUCUGCUCUUCCUCUUUCGGGGCCUGCAGGAGGCGGCAGGUGGGGCCGGAGGGGGUCCCAGCCUGGUGCACAUGCGGCGGGUGGGCUUUUUUUCCAGGAGGGGUCCUCCUCUGCCACCUCGAGAAAGGUCAGCCCCUCGGUCCCUGCAGGACACCCAGGGCGAUGUGAGGGGGGAAGGGCUCAGUGCACUGCCUGGUCUGGAGCUGGGCCUUGCCCUGGGCUGCAGCCGGGCCGGAUCCGCGGAGUCCUGUGAGCCCAGUGGUGUUCACCUCCUGCACAGCCCCUUCGUAGCUCUGUCCUACAGAUGAAGCCGGAUACUCAGUACAAACUGAAGGACACAUGUCAUCUGCAAAGCAAACUGAAAACAAACAAACAAACAAACAAACCAUCUCAACGCGUACGGGAGAAUUAAUGCACUUCAACAAUGCCAAAUUUAUUAAUUUAUGUAUGUUUUGUUUUGUGAAUAAGAUAAUUUGUUAAUAUGUAAAUCGUGUAUAUUGCAUAUGUUUAUGGAUUCAUUCUAGCUCA